UAUAUAUAUAUAUAGAAAAAGACAGUAUGAAUACAUAGAACUGUCAUACGAGAAAUAUAUGGUUACAUUGUACAAGCCAAUAAUAUAAAUUAAAAACUUUUGGGUGAAGAAUAAUAAUAUAUAUAUGUCAAAUUAUGGCAUAUGUGAAGAGCUGUGGCUUGUGUAAAGUGUUGAUUAAGGAAUCUUAAUAGACAAUAGUGAUUGUAAUCGGUGUUAAGGAGUGUAUUGUGCAGUAAGGAUUAUAAUGAAUGAAGAUCAAAUAUUAUGUAAAAGACAAUUGUGUACCUGAAAUAUCACAGCAUAAUGGGGAAAUUACUCAGUAGCUUAAGAUCGUCUAGGGAACACACUAAACAAACCACUAGACCAUCAUCCACACCUGCUGCCCAGUCAUCCACACCUGGUCAGUCAAUACCUGCUGUUCAGGCAUCUACGCCUGAUGCUCAGUCAUCUACACAUGAUGUUCAUAUAUUAACUUCAACCUUUCCUUCGUCCACACUUCUUGAGUCAUCUACAUCUGUUGAACAGUCCACACUUACUCAUGCCUUUGUGGACCCCAAGCCUUGCAAAGCAGGAGACGCUCAAGCGCUGCCCACAACAAGUUCUACAGUAGGCUAUCCCGGGCAGCGUGCCUCCGAUCCAAAGAUAACCACCACUUUAAAAUCAUCAGUAACACAUUCUGGGGGCAGUGAAGCUGGCAACAACCUCAAUACCUCCAAUAUUUCGGCCCCCACUUCAGUCUCGGCAGCUGGGAGUACGUCGUCAGCGCCAGUUACCGGUGGGGACCCCUGCCUUCUUCACCCCAGCGGCAGCACCUUGACAACAGAUGAUGAGAACGUGCUCAAAUACUUCGUCAUGCUGCGGCGAACAGGACCAGCGGCUACUACUGUGGCCAAGGUGUGCCGUAGGCUAUAUGGCGGUGGGCAACUGAGUGUGAAAGAUUUCUGCACAAAUAAUUUAGGUUUUACCAACACACAGUACAACAAGAUCUUCACCCGUCAUGAGCGUGAGUCUUUUGAGGAUAUAGACUGGGAGCAGUUAGAUAUAACCUGUGUAUACAAACUUUUACAGCGAGUGUGUGGUUUGGCGCCUCCUUCUGAUGCCAUGUGGACUAAUCCAGAGCCUCAUCACGUAGAGUGUUUGGAACACAUCCUUUUCACUAUCAAAGGAGAAAGAAAUUUCCUUGCGCAUGAAGCUGUUGUUUUAACAGACGAAGGACUUCAAACUCGAUCACAGAAACUGGAAUCACUUUUAGAAAAAGCACUUGAGAAAGCUAGUUGUAUUACUGGAGAGGAUUAUACUCAGGACAUUAAUGAAAUGAAGGCAACUAUUGAUGAUAUUCGAAAGUCAAAGACCAAACUUUUUCUUCAGAACUAUCAACGGGAACUACAAGAAUUUCUGCACGAACUUGUCAAUAAGGUAACUAUAAAUUCUCAGACUGAGCUCCGCCACACUUACCAAAAAUUAUGGGAAUCAGAGUGUGUUUGGUGGCACUAUGGCCAAGGCUUCCAGAGCCCACAGCUGGAAAAAAUCUUUACUGACACAACUGUAAUAACUAAAAACAACAUUGUGGUGCCAGUUAUGCAAAUCUUAGACUACAAGUUACCUGACGGUUCCCUCCCAAGACUGGUGGUUCUUGAAGGUAUCGCUGGAAUGGGAAAAAGCCAAAUCUGCAAGUAUAUGCUCAAGUGCUGGGCUUCCAAGGUUAGUACCAUGAACAGUUGUGUAAAGUUUGACAUUAUAAUUUUUAUCCAGUGUCACUCAGUGAGUUCAAGUUCCUUGAGUGAAUUCCUAAGAGAAGAGUUAUUAAAAGACACCUGUAAGGGGCUAAGGCAUGAAGACGUAAUCCGUACCCUGAGAGAAUGUUACAUAUUAUUUAUCAUAGAUGGUAUUGAUGAAGCUGGGAAGCAUGCAAAAUGUUUAAUAAAAGAAGUUGGUGCUAAAUUUCCUGAGAGUCGUGUAGUGGUAUCAUGCAGACCAGAGUACACUGGAGAAGCUAAAAGAUUAAUUUCACCAAGUGGAAAUAGCUUCACUGUACUCUAUGUGAAAGGCUUCAGCAAAACUCAACAAAAGGCAUACAUUAACAAGGUACUGAUUGUGAUGGAGGACAACAUCACCAAACGUAAAGAAAUGGUCCAAAUGUUCUUAAAUCAUUUGGAUGCAAUGGAGCAUGAGAUAUACUCAUUACUAAGUUUGCCCCUCACCAUGAUGUUGCUGACGCUGUUGUGGCUGCAGGACAAUACCACGUUCACAGGUGUUGUCACAAUCACCCACAUUCUUCAGCAGUCAGUAGAAAUGAGCAUCAAACGGCUCGUCCACCGCACAAAUCAGAAAUCAAAUGAAAUAAGACACGUCAUGUUAAUUGAACGUGCAUGUCGACGAUGGCUUCUUUGUCUGGCUAGAGUGGCAUGGGAAUCACUUACUCUUAACACUCAAAGCCUUGACUCUAACAAUUACACAUGGAUUUCAGACCUUCUAGCAGAAGCUGAGCAACACGAUAUAGAUCCCAUUGAUGCUUUGUCUUCGUUUUUAGUCUGUAGGACUCCUGAAGAUUCAUUGUUUAUGAGACACAUUUGGGAGUUCCCCCAUAAAGCUUAUCAGGAAUAUCUCUCUGGCUUACAUUUAAAUGAGGAUGGCAUUAAAAGUCAAUGUAGUUAUUCUCGUUCAUCGUAUUCUAGAGGGGAUUGGCAGCCGUAUGAUGAAAUUUCCUCUGGAUAUUUCAGAUCUGUAUCGCGAGGAAAGAGAACCAGAGCAGGAGGAGGUUGCUGCCUUACAACCAUAAGCAUUAUAUGUGCACCGUUAUGUUGCAUUAUCAGCUCUUGUUCUUCAUUAUCACAAAAGAUACCAAAACCAAUGGGUGGUCAAACAAGUUCCGCGUAUAUCGAAAAUACAAUACUUUGGUCGAUUAACUCUGAUGAAGAACAAAGGGUUCCAAGAACAUCUGCAAUAAGCAGUCCCCCGACAGGAUUAAGCUUACGUAUAAAGAUGAGAAGAUCUAUUGAUGGAAGUAGAGAUACGCGAAGAUCUAGUGAGAUAAGUAGAGAGAUGCAAAGAUCUAGUGAUGGAAGUAGAGAUACGCGAAGAUCUAGUGAGAUAAGUAGAGAGAUGCGAAGAUCUAGUGAUGGAAGUGAAGAACCAUACGCAUUUUUUGAAAUCUUGGACGACACGAGUUUUGAUACAACUACUCACAACCAAGCAUUACUUUUCUCAAUGGCCAUUGAGGUUUCUAAACAAAAUUGUAACGAGGAAAAAAUAGCAUCGAUUUUGGAACAAAUUAACAAAAAUUCUAUGUUCAACACUUUGGUUGGUUGGUCAAACAUCAUAAGGGAAUGCGCUGGAAAUGAAAUCGUAUGUCGUCUGAUUGAACCUUAUCUCCAGAAACAUAGAACCAUACAGCUAUCUGGGUAUGAGAUAUAUCAGACCCUUCCUGCAAUUCAGUACCUAAUGCAGACAACAGGAUUUAUACCAGAAUCACUUGCUAUAUCACUCGGUGAAGACGAUGUCUUCCCAGAUGUUUUCCCAUCUCUCGUAGCCUCUUUGGGAACGUUGUCAGUGUAUACAAACAUUAAUUGCUUCCUGCAUCAUUGUUUGGACUUGUUUUACUGUUUAAUUAAACAAGAAACUCUGGACUAUGUAAACAUCACCGUGCAUGGCAACAGGUUUAGCGAAUUGAGUGGCUUUGCUCGCUUACUGCAGUAUCUUCGCGUACAAAAUUCAAAAUUAAACUUGAACUUAACAGUGAAUGAUACACAAAGUGCAGAAAAUAUUGCACAAUGUUUUGCCAAUACUAUCGUGCCCAGGGACACUGAGCUGCUUCUAUUUUUUACUUGUUUCACACCAAUGAUGCACCACCCUUUGUGUCAGAUCUUCAUGGCUUUUCCCUGGCAGAAACCCUUGUCUGUCGCCUUCUCCCACACUGAUCUUUGUAGUAAUGCACCUCAUCGACUAAAACUUAUUUCGCGAGCUCUAAUGGAUGCCCAGGUGAAAAUUACUCAUGCUUCCCUAGAGAUGGACGCAGAUGCCAAGUCAUCAGCUGCUAUGUACAAGGAGCUGGUUUAUAUUUUAGCUGGGGAGGCUUCUUUUGAUGCUGCUGGGAAGGCUUCUCUUGAUAAUGAUGGUAAGGGUCCUCCUAAAAAUGCUGGGAAGGUUCCUCUUGAUGCUGCUGGGAAGGUUCCUCUUGAUGCUGCUGGGAAGAUUCCUCUUGAUGCUGCUGGGAAGGUUCCUCUUGAUGCUGCUGGGAAGGUUCCUCUUGAUGCUGCUGGGAAGAUUCCUCUUGAUGCUGCUGGGAAGAUUCCUCUUGAUGCUGCUGGGAAGGUUCCUCUUGAUGCUGCAGGGAAGGUUCCUCUUGAUGCUGCAGGGAAGGUUGCUCUUGAUGCUGCAGGGAAGGUUCCUCUUGAUGCUGCUGGGAAGGUUGCUCUUGAUGCUGCAGGGAAGGUUGCUCUUGAUGCUGCAGGGAAGGUUCCUCUUAAUCUUAACAUUCAUGAAGGAAAAUGUGGAGAUCAUGUCACCUUCAUCUUACAAGGAACCAAAUGUGGCCUGGACCAGAUGAAAUAACAGCAACAAAAAGUUUAAUCUUUGUUAAACAUACAUGAGUAGCAAUGACAAAUGCAGACGUAAAAAUGUUAAAUAGUUCGAGUUGAUUCCAAAUGACAGGAAUUCCAAGGAAGACCAGAAGUAUUAAAUAGGUUUAAUCUAUUUUCAUUGCUAUAAAUUUCAAGAAAGACUCAAACUUCUGGGAAGAAAUUCAUAUAUUCUAUCAGAAACAUUAAGGGGGUAUUCAGAUUUUUUACGUGAAUUGAAUCCAUACCAGUUGACAGAAGCUAAGCUGGAUAGUUAGCCUAUGUUAAAGGAAUACAUAAAGAUGAAAUUCACAUUCAUCUCUUAAUUUAUGCCAGCUCUGACAAAAUUACAAAAUUGAUUACAGAAACAAACUAUUUUCUUGACCAGCAUUAAAAAAUGCUGAAAGAAAUAUUGGUAAUUAUAAAAGUAUUCCUAGUACUGUAGUUGUUAAAAGGUAAUUACCUGAAGACCACCAUUUCCAGUGACCUCUAUGGGGACAGGAAGCUAGCGGCUUGUCAAAGGUUAGCCGGCCCCAGCCCCUAUUGUUUCUGAGGAUUUACUCCGACUUUAUUUUGAACUGAUGUCUUAUUUUUUUUAUUUUUACUCAACUUUAAUUAAAAAGCCCUUAUGCUGUCGGAUUUAUUGCAAUAUUGAUUGCUAAACUGAUACUGUGUUCCACUUUCUUUUCCAUAGCUUAAAUAUUUACUUUUGUAUACCGUUAACUGCAUUUGCCACUUCUCUGCCCGCUAUAUAUGACAACUCUGCUAUUCAACUACAGUGUCACAAUACAGUUCAGUAUUUCUCCUCCAGUACUGUGUGCUUCAGCUUUCCACAUCAGCCUCAUGCAGAAAAUGCAUGGGGAUGCAACCGCUACAUUUCUGGCUUUCCGUUACAAUUAACCAUUAUUUACAUAUGGUCAUCAGUUACCCAAAUGUAUAACUUAUUUCCUUCAUCUUUUACCAUUGUUUAUUUGCCAUACUUACUAUAUUUUAAUGAUAAUAAAUUUAUGAGCCAAUUCUAC